AUGUCGUCUGUAACUGAUUCUGUCAUCUUUAGAAACAUAUUCUCUACUCCAGCCAUCUCCUCCAUCUGGUCAGACACACAACGCACUUCCUAUUAUCUCCUCUUCGAAGCAUCCUUGGCAUCUGUCCAGGCAGAUAUCGGAAUCAUUCCUCGCCAGGCUGCCGAUGCCAUCCUCGCCUUUUGCCAUGUCACCAACAUAGACUUUGAUGAAUUAAGAAUUCAAACAGAAAAAAUAGGUUAUCCCGUCCUAGGGGUAGUCAAACAAAUAGUCCAGAAUGUAAACACUAUUCAACCUGGUCUAGGCGAAUGGGCUCACUGGGGUGCUACCACCCAGGAUGUCACCGACACCGCAACAAUCCUACAACUUCGUGAUACUCUCAGUCUUAUCUCAGAGGCGUUGGACGCUAUUACUUCGGACCUCCGCCGUCUCUGUCAAACUCACAAAGCAACCCUCAUGGCAGCUCGCAGCAACCUUCAGCAAGCCGUACCCAUGACCUUUGGCUUCAAAAUGGCCCGCCUCCUUGCCACCUUCGAACGGCACAAACAACGUCUCGCCGAAAUAAAAUCCCGUCUGCUCGUGCUCGAGUUCGGUGGCGCUGCUGGGACACUCGCCACUAUCAAAAAUGGUCGGGGUCUCGAAUGUCAAGCAGCCCUUGCCAAGAAACUGGGUCUAUCAGUCCCAGAGAUUGCAUGGCACACAGAACGUGAUCGUAUCGCCGAGGUUGGCGGCUUUUUCGCCCUUCUCACCGGUACCUGUUCCAAAUUCGCCACGGACGUCAAGCUCAUGAUGCAAACGGAAGUUGGAGAGGUCUCAGAGCCAUUCUAUCCACACCGCGGCUCCUCCUCGACGAUGCCACAGAAGCGUAAUCCCAUCUCCAGCGUGUAUAUCACUGCCAUGACCGCGACUGUCCGUCAGCUCUCUGCAGCGCUAUAUGAUGCCAUGGUUGAGGACCAUGAGCGCGCAACGGGGCCUUGGGAGAUUGAGUGGAUCGUGCUCCCGCAGAUCUGCACUCUCACGCACGCUGCAUUAUUGAAUACGUCCGAGCUCAUUACAGGUUUGGAAGUGCAUCCGAACGCCAUGAAGAGAAAUUUGGAAAUCACAAGAGGCGGCGUGGUAAGUGAGGCUGUCAUGAUGGGCCUCGCUCCAAAAUUAGGACGACAGUUUGCACAUAAUUUGAUUUACGAACUGUGUAGGCGGAGCGUCAAAGAGGAUCUCCCUUUGUUGACACUGCUCUGUGCGGAUGAUAAAGUCCGGGAGAGUGGGCUAUCAAAAAAGGAGCUUGAAAGGCUCUGUGAUCCAGCUAAUUACACGGGGCUGUCCGUGGAAAUGGUUGAUCGUGUUUUGGCAAGUACCCACCCCUUUCAGUAA